AUGGGUGACCAUCUUCCAUAUGCCGCCGAUGCGGAAUCCCCGCUAAAACCCGCCGAACUCCAAGUCCUGCGCUCGCAAUACGAAAAAGAAGGCGAGUACGUCUCUCUGCAGACAAAAUUCAACUUUGCCUGGGGCCUUAUCAAAUCCAACCAACGACAAGAACAACAAGAAGGCGUGCGCCUGCUCACCGAAAUCUUCCGCUCCUCGCCCGACCGCCGUCGCGAAUGUCUCUACUACCUUGCUCUCGGAAACUACAAACUCGGCUCAUAUGCAGAGGCUCGUCGCUACAAUGAGUUGCUCGUUGAUCUGGAGCCCCACAAUCUGCAGGCUCAGAGCUUGAGGCAGCUGAUUGACGACAAGGUUGCCAAGGAGGGCCUGAUGGGUGUUGCUAUCGUCGGUGGUCUGGCCGUGGCUGCUGGUGUUGUUGGCGGCCUGAUCUUUAAGGGUGCGAGGAGCUCGAGGAGAUAG